GGCGAUGAUAUGGUGGUCUACUGCGCCAACUUCAACGGAUCACCGGUUGGAGGUCUUGCAAGGAACGAGCCGCAGAAAGCUAACACGCUACUGAGCAAUGUUGGUAUCCAAGAUGUGAAGCAAGCUGUCGUAAACGGCAAUUCCCUUUACUGUGCAAUCAAGUAA